AUGCCGCAAUCUCAUCCAAACACCACCAAUGGUCGUAAAUUCUCUCUCCCGUUACCCUCCUUCAAAAGCAGACGCUCUCUUGAAGAAUCCGAUGAAUCUUUCAUGUUUUCUUCCUAUUCAUCAUCAUCCAACAAUUUACAACCACCUCCUUCUCAUCAUCAUCAUUCUACAACGCUCGAACAAUCAACCAUAUCUAUUCCAAUUCCAGCCAAAAAACACAACAAUCACAAUCCUGAAAGUGUUUCGCCCGCAAAGAAGAAUUCGUUCUUUUCAAAAACACCUCCUUCGACAUCUCCGAGUGGUUUGUCUCCGAUCGGGGCUUCGAAUGGACCUUUUUCUCCAAAAAUGUCAACAAAUAUUGAUUAUGAUGAUCAUGCUGUGGUGCAUGUGCAUGGAAAGACUUUAACUUUGAAAAAGAUUUGUUUUUUGGGAUGUUGUGGAAGUGGUAAAUCAACGUUGUUUCGACAAUGUGAAAUGAUAUUUGGAGAAGCAUGUUGCGCAAAGGCUGUGGCAAGUUCCAAGUUAUUCAUUCAGCAGAAUUUAGUAGAAGUUUUGAGAGUUUUCUUUGAGGGAAUUUUAAAAGAACAAAAAGAGAAGAGCAUGGUGAUUGUGGAUUGGAAUGUGACACAGAAAAUGAAAACAUUUUUAAAAAGACAUAGUUGUGAUAGAAUGUUAGGAGAUCGAAUUGUAGAUCCAUGCACAUGGAUGGAGUUAUUGAAGGAUGAGAAUGUGCGGAAUGUGUUGGACAAUUUAUACAUGUACAGUGAACUCAAUUUUUCAAUAUCUAACUGCAUUGAAUAUUAUGUACAAGAAUUUGCUAGAUUGACAGCUGACUGCUACACACCUACCGAGGAAGAUUAUGUGAAAUUUGUCCAAAAAACUACUGGUGUUGUACGUAGGCAAUACAAGUACAAUGACAUUCCCUUUGUAUUGCUCGAUGUUGGAGGAAAUAGAAGUGAAAGAAAAAAGUGGCCUGCAGUCCUCAAAAGCUGUCACGCUCUCUGUUAUGUUAUUUCGUUAGCAGAAUUUGAUGAAUAUUGUUGGGAGGAUCCAAAAACGAAUCGUUUCAAAGAAUCAAUGGUGACUUUUCAAGAACUGUUAAACGGAGAGCACAUUAAGAACAAGGACCUUUUUGUUAUUUUUACAAAUGUGGACAGAUUCAAACAGAAAAUCAUGAAGGAAAAUCGAUUAGCUCUUCUGAGAAAUGCCAUGAUGCCAUUUUCCAUUUCUGUAGAUGUCUGUAGUGACAACCAAAUCGAUGAGCUUAUUCAGAACAUUGUUGAUCGAUAUUUGGAAAUGGAUCGAGAGCGAAGAGUAACAAAACAUUUUGUUAUCAACGCAUUGGAUCGACAAGAAGCUCAAAGUCAAAUGUCGGAAAUACUGGACGCAAUUCUGAAUAGGGACGAGUAA